AUGGCUAGAAACAUUCCCUUUCUUCUCUUCAUUUCCUUGCUCUCCUUAAUUCUUUCUCCUGCCAUAUCCCGAACCCUAACCGAUGAGAGCAUUGUUUCUACCAAAACCCACAUAAUUUACGUUCAUCCACCUCCACCCUCUCAAACCACACACUCAUGGCAUCUCUCCUUCUUCUCACAAACCACAUCAACCCCUCCUCCCAUUCUCUACUCUUACAAGAACGCCAUCAGCGGCUUCGCAGCCAGGCUCGCUGACGCCGAGCUCAAAGCAAUGAAGCAGAGGCCAGGAUUUCUGAGCUCCACCGCCGACGUUCUUGUUCCCCUCGCGACCACACACACUCCCGAGUUUCUCGGUUUGUCCAGCUCGCCGAGGGUGAAGCCGGGUGAGCUUUGGAAUGAGUCUGAAUUUGGCCUCGGCGUCAUAGUCGCGCUCCUCGACACUGGGGUGAUGCCCAACCACCCAUCGUUUGCCGAUCAUGGAAUGGCGCCCCCGCCGGCAAAGUGGAAGGGAAAAUGUGAGUUCAAUGCUUCUGACUGUAACAACAAGCUUAUUGGGGCCAGGGCGCUGGGUAAUGAAGUCCUCGACGCCACUUCGCCGCUGGACACCUUCGGUCAUGGAACGCACACGGCAAGCACCGCCGUUGGCACAUUCGUAGCCAACGCCUCCGCACUCAGCAACGCCGCCGGUGAAGCCGUCGGCAUUGCGCCAAAAGGCCAUCUCGCCGUCUACAAAGUAUGCACGGCGUUCGGCUGCGCUUUGUCGGACACACUCGCUGGAAUCGAUGCUGCCAUUGAGGAAGGGGCGGACGUGCUCUCGCUGUCCCUCGGUGGCAUGUCGGUGAUGUUCGAUCUCGACUCAGUCGCCGUCGGCACGUUCGCGGCUGUUGAGAAGGGAUUAUUUGUAAGUCUGGCGGCGGGGAAUAGUGGACCGGAACCAAGUUCGUUGUCCAACGAUGCGCCGUGGAUGCUGACCGUUGGGGCGAGCACGAUGGAUAGAGUGAUUCAGGCGAAGGUAAGGCUGGGUAAUGGGGAGGAGUUUGAAGGGGAGUCGCUGUAUCAGACGGAUUCGAUUGCAGGGGAAUUAUUGCCUUUGGUAUAUCCUGGAGGGUCAGGUAGUUUUGAGGAAAAGUUCUGUUUCGACCACUCCUUCAAAAUGGACCUAAGGGGCAAGAUCGUUAUCUGCGACCGCGGCGGCAAUAUGCCCCGAGUAGAGCAAGGUGCCGCGUCAGCGGGCGGCCCUGCCAUGAUCCUUGCCGCUGCCGAAUCAGACGGCUACACAACGGUUGCCGACGCCCACGUCAUCCCUGCAUCACAUGUUGGCUACCCUGCCGCCACAAAGAUCAAAUCGUACAUAAACUCCACCACAUCCCCGACCGCAACCAUCAUUCCCUUUGGCACCCUCAUCGGCCUUAGUAACCACCCCGCGCCUACUAUGGCAAGUUUCUCCUCCCGCGGUCCGAGCUUUCACAGCAAGGGCAUUCUGAAGCCGGACAUCAUCGGACCCGGGGUUAACGUGCUCGCCGGUUGGCCAGCUCUGCCGAUCGGCCCAACCAACUCACCGGCAAUUUUUAAUGUGAUUUCUGGGACUUCUAUGUCGACGCCACAUUUAAGCGGAAUAGCUGCGUUGUUGAAGAAGGCAAAUCCGACAUGGUCGCCGGCGGCAAUCAGAUCGGCUAUUAUAACGACAGCCGAUAAUGAGAAUAAAGCCGGGCUACCGAUCCAGGAUGAGCAAUUGAAGAACGCGGACCUCUUUGCUAGGGGAGCGGGUCAUGUCAAUCCGAGUAAAGCUAACAAUCCAGGCUUUGUUUAUGACAUACAGCCGAGCGACUACAUCGCGUAUAUGUGCGGACUCAACUACAGCGAUGCUCAGGUAACUGCGGUGGCGCGUCGAAUUGUGAACUGUUCAACUGUGAACCCCAUCUACGAUGUGGAUCUCAAUUAUCCAUCUUUCUCAGUAGAGAUGAGGCCAGGAUAUAGUAGAAAGGUGAGCAGAAAGGUUAUAAAUGUCAGCAAAGGGAGCUCAAGCUAUAUGGUAGAGAUCGUUCCACCGACUGGAGUAGCAGUGGUUGUAUCACCAACAUUGCUGAGCUUUUCAGGGAGUGGGGAAGAAUUAGCAUAUACUGUUGAGUUUAGCAGGGAUGGAAGAAACUCCACCAUGAAUUAUGCUGAAGGUUAUCUCGUGUGGGUUUCUUCAGAUAAGGUUAUUAGUGUUCGGAGUCCGAUUUCUAUUACGUUCACUGCAAAAUGAUCCAUGAUAGACAGAAUUUGAGUUUGAAUAUCUCGGUUUGACAAGGAGUAAUGAAUGACUCUUAGCCUAUAUCUGUACCUACUUGUAUCAUUUGUUAAAAGAAUCUCGCACAGAGGUCUUAUUGUUGCAGUAAAAAUAACUAC